AUGUGGCCGGUAGCAGCGGCCUGGCUGCUAUGCAGCGUGCUGGCGGAAGCAGCCACGGAGGAAUCUUCGGAAACAACGGGAGUCAAUUUGGGUAUUGCUAUCAUGCUCCUGGGUAGCAUCGGCUUCAUGAUGGGCAUCUUCUACUUAGUCAACCAUGAGGACAAGCAGAUGCAGAUAUGCACUUGGAAGGUCAUUUGUGCCACCAUUUCCAUUUUUGUGUCCGUCUUGAUCUACCAGGCAGUCAACGAUGUCGUCAAGGCGAUAUUUCUCCGAGGCUCCUCCCCGUUCGAGGAGAUACAGGUAUCGUUUGCACACAGCCUGGUCUGGUUUUUCACUCUACAAGUCUUUUUGGCGACAGUGUCAGCGGCCAUUACAUGGCCGUGGUGUGGGAAACCAGAUCGGUCUGAGGAGGCUGACUCCAAGCGUGCGUUGGACUUGAAGUGCUGGGCCGUGAUCCUGGGCCACAUCACCGGCUUCGCCUUCAUCAGUGCCUGGUCGCAGCUGCAUGAAGUCUUGGAGGGCUCCUUGCUGAUCUUCCCCCUCGCGUACUGCGUCUUUCGACUUUUGUUCAAGCUGACGGAGAAAGCGCGGGAGUUCGUCAUCUUUGCAGAUGACGGCGAGAAGGAUGUGUUAGAAGAGCACUGGGACGAAGCCACAGAGGAGACGGAGGAUGAUGUCAUGGGCCUGACGAUGUCCUACCUCGUGGUCCAGACGCUCCGCUUCUGGACGACUGGCUACAUGCCCAACGCAGAAGGAAGCCUGCCCCAGGGCAAAUCCACCAGCAACCUGCAGGCGGCGAUCUUGAUGAUCGUCGGCAUUCUGAUAGCGGUUGCGUCGUACAUGCGCACCGUGUACUUCCCUGAUUGGCAUGGUCGCAAUGCCAUGUGGCUUCGACUGAUCUGCGACUUCUCCUUUUCCUGGACAAUCAUGUUUGGGAUUGACGCCUUCCUGACGAAUUCUGGCCUUGGCGGUGCGGUUUUCGGCGUCGUCGGUGAUGUGAUUACCGCCUGCAUAGUCACUGUCUGGGCCUUCGCAGUCAUCUACUUCCUUGACAAGGAGGUGGAUCUGACGAUGCACGCAGAGACCGAGCUUGCUGCGAGUCCCAGCAAGAAGGACCAGGCGAAGGCCAGGCUUCAGAAGAGGAAGAGGGCGGCCAUGCGGGGCACCAUCCUGGCCCUGGGUGUGCUCAUCGGUUUCGCCUGGGAGAAGAGCUUCGACACAGCUGUGGAUGACACGGCCGAGAAGGAAAGCAAGUUCAUGCCGCCAUCCUUUGUGAAGAUGGUCUUGGCAAUGCUCUUGGCAACCGUUGUCCUUCCGGCCUGGCGGUGGUACAUCCUCCCAGAAGUCGUGCGCCUGGGUGGUUUCUCGGAUCCCAUGGACGAGGAAGCGGAGGAAGCUGUGGAGAAGGCCGAGCAGGGCUACAGCCCACCCGUACUGGCAGAGACCGUGAUGCUGCCAGAGACCAUGGAGCUCCGACUGCAGGAGCAGCAGAAGCGGAUCGAGCAACUGGAGCUGGAGAAGGGCGAACUCACCGCUGAAGUGGUUCGCCUGCGAAAACGGGUGGAUGAGCUGGACCGCUGA